AUGGAGAACUUCAUUUCGGCCCAAACUCGGCAAAACAAAGAGUUCAUAAACCAAGAUAUUCAUGCCACACCUAAAGGGCAAUUUCCUGGACAACCUCAACCCAACCCUCGAGGGCAAGCUAACGUUGUUACCCUACAAAGUGGGACCACUUAUGACGAACCUGUAAAACCAGCCUUGAGUGGAUCAGAGGCUUCUAAGAAAAACGUUGUGUCUACAGAUGAAGUAGAGGAACUAGAGGGACAAAAAUACCAGGAAGUGAAAGAUAAUGGAGAAGAUAAAGAUAAAGUUUAUGUUCCACCCUCUCCUUAUAAACCACCAAUUCCAUACCCGCAAAGACUUAAACAGACCAAAAUUGAUAACCAAUAUAAAAAGUUUAUAAAGGUGAUCGAGAAACUCCAUGUAGAAAUCCCAUUCACCGAAGCCAUCACCCAGAUACCAUCUUUUUCUAAAUUCCUUAAAGACAUCUUGACCAACAAACGUAGGCUUGAUGAUCCCAAACCUUUAGUGUGCAACUCCAUUGCUGAGAAUAAACUUUCUAAGAAGGAGAAAGAUCCCAGAAGCUUUUCCAUACCUUGUAUUUUAGGGAAUCAUGUUAUAGACAAAGCAUUCCUAGACUUGGGGGCAAGCGUAAGCUUAAUGCCUUUAGCAGUUUGUAGAAGGUUAAACCUAGGAGAAUCGCAACCGACUAAGAUGUCUCUUCAAUUAGCCGAUGGAUCUGAAAAAUAUCCAAUAGGCAUAUUAGAAGACAUCCCAGUUAGAAUUGGCCAACUUUAUAUCCCAACUAAUUUAGUGGUAAUGGAAAUUAAAGAAGACGACGAAAUCCCAAUCCUCUUUGGUAGACCUUUCUUAUCAAUAGCGGGAGCCAUAAUAGAUGUUAAAAGAGGAAAAUUAACUUUUGAAGUAGGCGAUGAAAAGAUAGAAUUUAUACUUUCCAAAUUCCUAAUGGCACCAGUCAUAGAGGACUCAUGUUAUGCCAUCGAUAUCAUUGAUGAAUGCAUAAGGGAGCAAGAUCAAUGA